AUCCUCAGCCAUUGCCCUCUUCGCUUGGAAAAGCCGGACUGUCAUAUGUGCUCUCGACAACUGUAAGUGACAGAAGAACUUGCAGGCAGUCAACCCCCACGGCAACUUCGUACACGCAUCCAAGCCACUACAAUGCCGACUCCACCAUUACAGAGACGACUUGCCGGGAAUCCCGAGACCACUGACACGAGCGCUUGCAAAUCCACCCGCCUUGAAUCCCAAACGGUUUGCUUCACACGGCCCUCGCAACAGCGAGACUUGGUAACGGGAUUUACUCCACCUGACUCGCGCACUACCAAGCGGCAUGCAUUCAACAGCCUGGAUGAUGGCCCUUACAACUCGAAACACAAGCGCCUGCGUACCGGAAACCAGCCACUACCAGCUUCUCCGCCAGCCUCGCUGCUUUGUCUACGAACCCCCACCCCCUCGUCUUGUCUUCCUAGGAUUUCCGAUGUGCUGGUUGAGGAUCAAAGUUACCAGGAACAUGGUCCUACUCCCCACAUGUGCGGUGACGCUACAUCUGCCGUAUCCAUCAGCAGUCCCUGGGGGAAUACCAACAGACUUUCACAAACUUCUAGUAUCCCUGACUUAUUUGACGACUCGGACCUGGAGCAAUUUAUGGACAAAAUAAGCGAGGGUCUUUUAACAACUACACCUCGGAACCUGGGCAACCAAAACGACACCGAAGAAACGUUCUCUUUGACUGACUUUGAUGAGGAGACCAUGAUCGAGCUUUUGAAUGGUGCAUCCUGCAAAGAGACGCAGAGACCGCCAUCAAGCGUCGUACGAGCGUAUGAUUGCGAUUCCAGGUCCGCCGAUGAAUUUGAUUCAAAUUUACAGCACUCUUCCCCAUCCAGUAGCGUGGGCCUUGGGAUUUUAGUCAAGGAUGAUUCACCACUGGAGCAAGAUGUUGACUGGGGCCAAGUGCAUGAGCGUGCGCAGCUGCCCAAGGCCAAUUCAACCCCUAGUUCACAAGGCACGCGAACACUACAAUCAAUUGGCUGUGAAUCUACACAACUUACAUCGCUUUCCCCCAUGAGACGGUCUUCGGCUGCGAUUAAGCCCAGCUCCCCUGUCCCAUUUGCCACGGAGAUGCUACUCAAACCGCACAAAACGUUCUUCCACAUCCACGAAAUGUUGAGUGCCAAGGCGGAAAUGUUCAAAAACCAACCAGACGCUAUUUUUGAACUAUUUGCUCGAGUAGUGUACUCGAGCCGCGAGAACUUUUACCGCAAGCAGCACUUUCAGUUUCGAAGCCUGUUCAAGGAGUCACCGCCGUAUCUAAAUGGGAUCCUUGUUGGCUAG